AUGGUUUCCUUUGCUCACAGACGACUUGUGGAGGGAAUGUUGUGUGUCCCGGUGACCGCACUUGUGUCGAUUUCGAAGGCACAGUCGGCUGCGCGGUGCCGGGUUUAUCGUGGUGCGCUCCGAACCCCAUCACCUUCGAGGCCGUCGGGUGUGACGGUAGUGUUUGCUGGUGCUAUUUGCUGCGACUAUGAGAGUGUGAAAUGUGUUCUCGGCGAACUUUGCAACGUUUGCUCGCCAGGCGAGAAGUGUAACAAGGGCGGCUGCGUUGGCGGCUCAGGUGAGGUCAAGUCGAGUACGACCCGAGCCACGACAAGCGCCACGACUCCUGUUACGGCAACAGACAGAGAGAUCACGACAUCUACGAGCUCUACAACAAGUAUUGCGUCGGUGCCAACGACUACGACUCUAACCUUACCAACACUAGUGCCUCGCAUCGACAACUUUGUCAACAAAGGUUGUUUCUACGUUGCGAACCUGAAACGGCGCGUUCUGAGGGCGGACAGUACUGUCGAUGCCAGCAAUACAGGAGAUGCUAAGCAGCUGUGUGGCGACGGUAACCGAAUCCAAGUAUACCAGGAUGAGACAUGGUUCAUGCCGACUAUUCAGCAGCUCGUCGAAGACUUGAAAGCAUACAACGAGACUUUGAAAGAGGCAAGAUCCGCUGUCGCUCAGUACAAAGAAGACCUUGAGGAGUAUCAAAAAAUUCGACAAGGUUCGUCCAAGGUUCGACGAGCCAAUGAUGAUCCAAGACUCGUCGCGAGGAUCCCUCUCACAGAGCGAGAGAGGAAGAUUCUGGAGCGCCUUGUAGGAGGCUUCAAAAAUCUCAACAGAAUUCAAGCCAGUAUCAAACCGUUCGCACCUAAGAUCAUCAGAGGAUACAAAAUAGCCAAACGCUACGACAUAAAUGUCGCUGGUCCUACACGGGUUGAUGAGGAGACAGCCAAUGCUCUAGAGGCAGCAGUCCAAAGCAGCAUAGAAUCUUUCCAAAGGCCUGUGGAUGCUGCUGCUGCUGACAGCGCACAGGCUGAGCCUGCUCUGGAGAUGGACAUUUUGCCGGACAUUGAUGUGACCGCUCACCUUGACAUUGCCUCCACUGCGAUUGACAAGAUUGGUAUUGCUGCUGUUGCCGGAAGAGUAGCCACUGGCAUCUCCCACAAGUGCACGGUAUCCAGAACGAUCUGUGCCCUCUUGUCCAUCCAGCGCUAUGUUUACGACAACAACCUCUUCGGCAGGUCCGUCAUUUCCAUGUCGUUCAGUCUGCCCGUCGCGAGCCUCUGGUGGGAGGACCCCAGAACCCAGGGCGCGCCGGUCACAAAGUACGCCGACCCGUACCUGGUGUAUCUGCCCGAGUUUAUGGCACAGGGCAUCGUGGCAGUCGCCUCUGCCGGGAACGACGCCUUGAAAGAAGACGAAGUUGUCAGGGACCUGUCUUACAGCACGCCGCGGGCUGCUGGUGGACGUGACUCGGGACUCAUCGUGGUGGGCAACGCGCAGUACGACGGAUCGCGAAACCUGAAAUCCCAGCACGUCGACGUGCGACGAAAGGGCAUCUUGAGUCUGUACAGUAUCGGCACCGAUGUCGACUGCGCCGGGACCGAAAGCGUAUCGAAUGAGGCCGGUGGCAGUGGUCAGACUUGGAAACAUCAAUCGGGCACCUCUCCUGCAACGGCCAUCACAGCUGGCAUGGCCGCGUAUCUGCUCUCGUACCCAGUCAUUGGCCCGCAGCUUCGUGCUGGCGGCAACGGCCAGGUUGCCAUGAACGUGAAGAAUUAUCUCAUAAACACGGGGCAGACAUUGAAAGGCGACGCCGCCACCGGAGAUGGUGUUCCCCCGGGCAGCGUUGGAGGAGAUGGUUCCGUGUCAGGGUGGCCAGGCGGGACGUCCUGUCAUCCCACAUGUUUUUAUGCCCGCAUUGCCAGGCCGCCUGGACAUUCGCAUCUUCUCGACAAGGGACAUCACGGACGGGCAGAAUGUUUUCGUAAAUGCGAACUGCUGGGACCUACAGUAAGAGGGUGA